UCAUAUAUCCGUCGUAAUAGGGGAAAUAGUCUAGGGCGAACAAUCCCUUGCGUUCGCCUAGCCAAUUUUUCGAAAUCGAGACCAGCUUAAUAAACCUACCUUACUCAAACCUUCAGAGUUGAAAUCACUUAGAAACACGGCCAUCACAGCCGACGUAUUGACAUACAUCAUCCCAAGAGCAGAUCAUCGUGUUUCGGUUGCCCGUUGAUUGGGAUGGCUGCCUAGCUCAUCUCCCAGUGGCCAUGAAUGCACUCAACCAACAAUUCCCUUCCACCAUACUCUACUCUACAUAUAUCUCGGUGCAUUACCCAGACCACAAUCCUCCGUAACUAUAAAAUACAAACUUUCAUCUCACCCCCAUCUUUCUGAAAAUAUCUCUCCAAAGCGCCCAAUAAUAACAAAAUCCCAUUCCAAUCCCAUCAUGUCCAACUCCAAACCCCCAACCCCAAAGACCAUCGGCACCAAACAAGCAGACAUACAAUACACACAGCGCCACGCGAUCCGCGUAAUCGCCCUCAACGCCUCGAACCAAAUCGCUCUCCUCCACGCGCAAAAGGACAACUAUCACAAGCUCCCCGGCGGCGGCAUCGAAGGCACCGAGUCGCACGCGGCGGCAGCAGCGCGCGAAGGCCGCGAAGAAACGGGUUUCGCAAUCGCCGUGCGCGCAGGGGGAUGCGUGGCCGUUACGGAAGAAUACCGCAGCGAUUUACAUCAAUUCUCGCACGCGUACAUCGCGGACGUCGUGGACGACGCAUCGGGGGAUCCGGACCUGACGGCCGAGGAACAGGCAGACGGGCUUUCGCGUCCGGAGUGGUUGGCGCCGGGGGAGGCGCUGGUGAAGAUGAUGUCUGUGCGGCCGCGGUCGGAGAUAGGCUUGUUUAUCCAGGAGAGAGACGGGUAUUUACUCGGGGAGGCGAUUCGAGUGUUGGGGAUGUAAUGCAGUGGCUAAGUACCUUACCUUACCUGGGUGGAAUUCAGGUUAUGUAAUUAGUUACUUACGCAGGUAGUUGGUACUGAAUUGACACCGAUGCUGACGAAUGAUAUGAAA